CAGUCCCCAGCUUCAUACUCUGCUUUCCCCUUGGCUAGGUGACUCCUGCUCAGGUCAUGCUGUUAUCUCCUGAUCCAGCUGGCCCUGCCAGGUGACCAUGCCUGUUCUUGGCCCAGCUCUUCUCCAGGUGCUCUGGGCUGGGUGGGUCUUCACCCUCCAACUCCCUCCACCAGCUGCUUUUAUUCCUAAUGGAACAUAUCUGCAACACCUGGCAAGGGACCCCACCUCAGGUACCCUCUAUGUAGGGGCCACCAACUUCCUGUUCCAGCUGAGCCCUGGGCUGCAGCUGGAGGCCACGGUGUCCACGGGCCCUGUGAAUGACAGCAGGGAUUGCCUGCCACCCGUGAUGCCUGAUGAGUGUCCUCAGGCCCGGCCUACCAGCAACCCCAACCAGCUGCUCCUGGUGAGCCCAGGGGCCCUGGUGGUAUGCGGGAGUGUAUACCAGGGGGUCUGUGAGCUGCGGAGCCUAGAGCAACUUGAGCAGCUGCUGCUGCGGCCAGAGAGGCCUGGGGACACCCAGUAUGUGGCUGCCAAUGACCCUGCAGUCAGCACAGUGGGGCUGGUGGCCCAGGACUCAACAGGGGAUCCCCUCCUAUUUGUGGGGCGGGGAUAUACCAGUAGGGGUGUGGGUGGUGGCAUUCCCCCCAUCACAACCCGGGCCCUGAGGCCACUGGACCCCCAAGCUGCUUUCUCCUAUGAGGAGACAGCCAAACUGGCAGUGGGCCGCCUCUCUGAGUACAGCCACCACUUCGUGAGUGCCUUUACACGUGGGGCCAAUGUCUACUUCCUGUUCCUGCGGCGAGACUUGGCUUCAUCUAGAGCCUUCCAUGCCUAUGUGUCUCGAGUGUGUCUCCGUGACCAGCACUACUACUCCUAUGUGGAGUUGCCUCUGGACUGCCAGGGUGGCCGCUAUGGUCUGAUCCAGGCCACAGCUGUGGCCAUGUCCAGGGAGGUGGCCCAGGGGGAGGUGCUCUUUGCAGCCUUCUCCACGGUGGCGCCCCCUACUGUAGACUGGCCCCUGUCAGUGGCUAGCAGGGCAUCUGGAACCUCUGUGCUCUGUGCCUUCCCCCUGGACGAGGUGGAUCGGCUUGCUAACUACACACGAGAUGCCUGUUACACCCGAGGAGGCUGCACUGAGAAUGGGACCAAGGUGGCCUACAUUGCGUAUGAUGUCCUUUCCGGCUGUGCACAGCUGCCAGUGGAUACUCCGGAUGCUUUUCCCUGUGGUUCAGACCACACACCAAGCCCCAUAGCCAGCCAUAUUCCUUUGGAAACCACACCAAUUCUGGAGUUGCCAGGGGUUCAGCUAACAGCUGUGGCGGUCACUGUGGAAGAUGGACACACCAUUGCUUUCCUGGGUGAUAGUCAAGGACAGCUGCAUAGGGUCUAUUUGGGCCCUGGAAGCGAUGUGGGCCCAUACUCUAAACAGAGCAUCCAGCCAGGUUCUGCAGUGAACAGAGACCUCACCUUUGAUGGGACCUUCGAAAACCUGUAUGUCAUGACCCAGACCACACUUGUGAAGGUUCCCGUGGCCCCCUGUGCUCAGCACCUGGACUGUGUGUCUUGCCUUGCCCACAGGGAUCCGUACUGUGGUUGGUGUGUGCUCCUUGGCAGGUGUGGUCGCCGCUCCGAGUGCUCAAGGGGCCAGGGCCCAGAGUUAUGGCUGUGGAGUUUCCAGCCUGAACUGGGCUGUCUGCAAGUGGUAGCUAUGAGCCCUGCCAACAUCAGCCGAGAGGAGAGGAGGGAGGUUUUCCUGUCUGUGCCAAACCUGCCAUCCCUUUGGCCAGGGGAGUCAUAUUCCUGCCACUUUGGGGAACACCAGAGUCCUGCCCUGCUGACUGGUUCUGGUGUGAUGUGCCCCUCCCCAGACCCUAGUGAGGCUCCAGUGCUGCAGACAGGAGCCGACCACAUAUCCGUGGAUGUGGAGCUAAGGUUUGGUAGUGUGGUGAUCACCAAAGCUUCCUUUUCCUUCUAUGACUGUGUGGUAGUCACUGAGCUCCACCCAUCAGCACCGUGCCAGGCCUGUGUGAGCAGCCGCUGGGGGUGUAAUUGGUGUGUCUGGCAGCACCUGUGCACACACAAGGCCUCAUGUGAUGCUGGGCCCAUGGUGGUGAGCCAACAGAGCCCAUUUCUCUCUUUACCCCCUCCUGAAAGAGAUGUACUCACCCCCUUCCCACCCACAGUCCCCAAAACCAUGGUCACCCCUAGUUCUGACACCAUUCCUGUGGAGACUGGGGCUCCCUCUACAACCACAGCCUUGGAUGGCCUACCUGGGGCCAGGCCUUCCCUGCUUAGCCUGUGGGGGCCAUGGGCAGGUCCUGGCCCCAUAUCUCCCCCCACCCCCUCAGAGUCACCCCUCCAUGAGAUGCCCCUCCCUCCUAGCCUCCCCACUAGACCUGGAACUGCUGUCACUGUCCCCACUGAUGGGGGGCCAGCAGCCCCCCGUGAGGACCUCUCAGUCUCCCACCUAUUGCCCUCAGAUGUAGCAGUAGAGCCCCCUGCAGAGCCUGGCCCUGAGGCCCUGCCCCCUGGCACUGCUGCUGCCACCACUUUCCCAGGGGCCGCUGGCUCCACGAAGCCCAUUCUGGACUGGCACAUGAGAGAAGGCGGCGAGCUGCCCGAGGCGGACGAGUGGACAGGGGGUGACAUGCCCGCCUUCUCCACUUCCACCCUCCUCUCAGGUGAUGGAGACACAGCAGAGCACGAGGGCCCUCCUGCCCCCCUCAUCCUACUGUCCAGUCUCGACUACCAGUACGACACCCCCGGGCUCUGGGAGCUGGGAGAGGUGAAUCAGAGGGUAAGCUCCUGCCCCUGUGUGGAAAGUGUUCAGGGCUCUAUGCUCAUGCCGGUCCAUGUGGAGCGAGAAGUCCGGCUUCGAGGCAGGAAUCUGCACCUCUUCCAGGAUGGCCCAGGAGGCAGUGAGUGUGUGAUGGAGCUGGAGGGCCUGGAGGUGGCAGUUGAGGCCCAGGUCAAGUGUGAGCUGCUUCCGGAUACCUCAUGCCACAUCACGUGCCGGCAGCACCAGCUCAGUUAUUCAGCUAUGCAGCCGGAACUCCAAGUAGGACUGUUUCUGCGCUGGGCCGGCCGCCUGCGUGUAGACAGUGCUGAUGGGCUGCAUGUGGUACUGUAUGACUGUUCUGUGGGACAUGGGGACUGCAGUCGCUGCCAAACUGCCAUGCCCCAGUAUGGCUGUGUGUGGUGCGAGGGGACGCACCCACGUUGUGUGACCCGGGAGACCUGUGACAAGGCUGAGGCUGUGGCCACCCAGUGCCCUGCGCCCCUCAUUCGCUCGGUAGAGCCACUGUCUGGGCCUAUAGACGGAGGCACCCGUGUCACCAUCAGAGGCUCCAAUCUAGGCCAACAUGUGCAGGACGUGCUGGGCAUGGUCAGGGUGGCUGGAGUGCCCUGUUCUGUCGACACCAAGGUAUAUGAGGUCUCCAGCAGUCUCGUGUGCAUCACUGGGGCCAGUGGGGAAGAGGUGGCUGGUACUGCAGCGGUGGAGGUACCAGGAAGAGGACGUGGCAUUUCAGAGUUCAGCUUUGCCUACCAGGACCCAAAGGUGCAUUUCAUCUUCCCGGCACGAGGCCCCAGAGCCGGGGGCACCCGCCUCACCCUGCAUGGUUCUAAACUCCUGACUGGGCGGCUGGAAGACAUCCGAGUGGUAGUUGGAGACCGGCCUUGUCACUUGCUGAUGGAGCAGCAGUCAGAGCAGCUGCGAUGUGAGACCAGCCCACACCCUGUACCCGCCAUGCUCCCUGUGGCUGUGUGGUUUGGGGCCACUGAGCGGAGGCUUCAGCAUGGCCAGUUUAAAUAUACGUCAGACCCUAAUGUCACCUCUGCUAGCCCCACCAAGAGCUUCCUCAGUGGAGGACGUGAGAUAUGGGUUCGUGGCCAGAAUCUGGAUGUGGUACAGACGCCAAGAAUCCGAGUUACUGUGGUCCCAAGAGUGCUGCAGCUUGGCCAGGGGCUUGGACGGAAGCGCCGUGUGGUCCCAGAUACAGUGUGUUCCCCUGGAACUUCCUGUGGCGGUCAUCACUUUGAGGAGCCAUGCCUCGUGAACUCCUCCCAGCUCAUCGUGUGCCGUACACCUGCCCUCCCGGGCCUGCCUGAGGACUCCUGGGUCCAGGUGGAGUUUAUCCUUGACAACCUGGUCUUUAACUUUGCGACACUGAGUCCCACACCCUUCUCCUAUGAGGCUGACCCCACCCUGCAGCCCCUCAACCCUGAAGACCCCAUGACACCAUUCCGGCACAAGCCUGGGAGUGUGUUCUCUGUGGAGGGGGAGAAUCUGGACCUUGCAAUGUCCAAAGAGGAGGUGGUGGCCAUGAUAGGAGAUGGCCCCUGUGUGGUGAAGACACUGACCCGGCACCACCUGUACUGCGAGCCUCCUGCAGAGCAGCCCCUGCCACGGCACCAUGCCCUCAGGGAGGCAUCUGAUGAUUUGCCGGAGUUCACGGUGCAGAUGGGGAACCUGCGCUUUUCUCUGGGUCAUGUACAGUAUGAUGGCGAGAGCGCUGUGGCUUUUCCCGUGGCGGCCCAGGUGGGCCUGGGGGUGGGCACCUCUCUUCUGGCUCUUGGUGUCAUCAUCAUUGUCCUCAUGUACAGGAGGAAGAGCAAACAGGCCUUGAGGGACUAUAAGAAGGUUCAGAUCCAGCUGGAGAAUCUGGAGAGCAGCGUGCGGGACCGCUGCAAGAAGGAAUUCACAGACCUCAUGACCGAGAUGACUGAUCUCACCAGUGACCUUCUGGGCAGUGGUAUCCCCUUCCUUGACUACACGGUGUAUGCAGAGCGGGUCUUUUUCCCUGGGCACCAGGAGUCGCCCUUGCACCGGGACCUUGGUGUGCCUGAGAGCAGGCGACCCACUGUGGAACAGGGCCUAGGACAGCUCUCUAACCUGCUCAACAGCAAGCUCUUCCUCACCAAGUUCAUCCACACCCUGGAGAGUCAGCGCACCUUCUCAGCUCGGGACCGUGCCUAUGUGGCAUCUCUUCUCACUGUCGCGCUUCAUGGGAAGCUUGAGUACUUCACUGACAUCCUCCGUACCCUGCUCAGUGACUUGGUGGCCCAGUAUGUGGCCAAGAAUCCCAAGCUGAUGCUGCGCAGGACAGAGACUGUGGUAGAGAAGCUGCUCACCAACUGGAUGUCCAUCUGCUUGUAUACCUUUGUGAGGGACUCAGUGGGGGAGCCUCUGUACAUGCUCUUCCGAGGAAUUAAGCAUCAAGUGGACAAGGGGCCUGUGGACAGCGUUACUGGCAAAGCCAAAUACACCCUGAAUGACAACCGCCUGCUCAGAGAGGAUGUGGAGUACCGUCUGCUGACCUUGAAUGCACUUUUGGCUGUGGGGCCUGGGUCAGGAGAGGCCCAAAGUGUGCCAGUGAAGGUCCUAGACUGUGACACCAUCUCCCAGGCCAAGGAGAAGAUGCUGGACCAGCUUCAUAAAGGAGUGCCUCUUGCCCAGCGACCAGACCCUCGUACUCUAGAUGUUGAAUGGCGGUCUGGGGUGGCUGGUCACCUCAUCCUUUCUGAUGAGGAUGUCACUUCUGAGGUCCAGGGUCUAUGGAGACGCCUGAAUACUCUGCAACAUUACAAGGUCCCAGAUGGAGCAACUGUGGCCCUCGUCCCCUGCCUCACCAAGCAUGUUCUUAGGGAAAACCAGGAUUAUGUCCCUGGAGAACGGACCCCAAUGUUGGAAGAUGUAGAUGAGGGGGGCAUCAGGCCCUGGCACCUGGUGAAGCCGAGUGAGGAACCAGAGCCACCCAGGCCUCGGAGGGGCAGCCUUCGGGGUGGGGAGCGUGAGCGAGCCAAGGCCAUUCCCGAGAUCUACCUGACUCGCCUGCUGUCCAUGAAGGGCACCCUGCAGAAAUUCGUAGAUGACCUGUUCCAGGUGAUUCUCAGCACCAGCCGCCCUGUGCCUCUUGCUGUGAAGUACUUCUUUGACCUGCUAGACGAGCAGGCCCAGCAGCACGGCAUUGCUGACCAGGACACCAUCCACAUCUGGAAGACCAACAGCUUGCCACUGAGGUUCUGGAUCAAUAUCAUAAAAAACCCACAGUUCGUGUUUGACGUGCAGACAUCUGAUAACAUGGACGCAGUGCUUCUUGUCAUUGCACAGACCUUCAUGGAUGCCUGCACCCUGGCCGACCACAAGCUGGGCCGGGACUCCCCCAUCAACAAGCUCCUGUAUGCUCGGGAUAUUCCCCGUUACAAGCAGAUGGUGGAGAGGUACUAUGCAGACAUCAGACAGACCAUCCCCGCCAGUGACCAAGAGAUGAACUCUGUCCUGGCUGAGCUGUCCCGCAAUUACUCUGGUGACCUUGGGGCGCGAGUGGCCCUGCAUGAACUCUACAAGUAUAUCAACAAAUACUAUGACCAGAUCAUCACUGCCCUGGAGGAGGAUGGCACAGCUCAGAAGAUGCAACUGGGCUAUCGGCUCCAGCAGAUUGCAGCUGCUGUGGAAAACAAGGUCACAGAUCUAUAGGGACCCAGGAGCCCUAGCCUGUUGUUGCCUCAGCCUCUCCUGGGUGGCCCUGGAACCUCAAGGGAGAGACCACCUUCUUAGAUACCUGUAGUGACUGACAAGCAGUUAGUAGAAGGUGGCUCCAAGUCUCCUAGUGGCUCUGGCCUAUCUUGCAGGCCUGGUGCCUUGAGGCUUGUGGGGAGGUGCCCAGCCUGCUCUGAGCCCAGUGACCAUGUGAGCUACUUCCUGUGUAACACCAGCCUGCAGAAAAUUGGGGACUAAUAACUUCCAGAGAGUGGCUGAAGGGCCUCCAGGCCCCUGGGGAUGCUGUACUGUUCCCGAGCACUGGCCUUGGUCCCAUCAGGAAUCACAGAGGAAGGAGGAGGGCCCUCCCACUUCCUGUCCUUCAUCUUCUUUGACCUCGGUUUAGCUUCCUUUGUUGCUGCUGCCACAUCCAAGAUCCAAGAGAUAAAUGCCUUUCCUAGGCCUCUGCAAACUGACGCUCAGCAGGGCUGGUGCCUCAGAGCCACCCUGCGUCCUCCUAGGCUGCUGCCACUUACUGAGGGGCAUCUGCUGCAGGGGGUGCCUUGGGGAGAGGGGUUGCCCACUGACCCAGCUCUUCAUUAAAGGAUAACACACUGC